AUGUUUGUCUGGAAAACACUUUUUGCAUUGAAGUUUGAUGCAAUUGUCAAAGAAAUUCAAAUCAAAAAGAAAAAAAUCACGCUUUCUUCAUCCAAGAAAUCCUCAAUAAAGCGAUCGGAAGGACCUGCAAAGAUUGAACACACUCUCGAAAUCGCUUCAAACCUCCUCGACGCUCUCAUCGCCAAUGACCCAGAUGCAAGUCCACCUCCCGACGUUUCAACGGAACUUUCGAAGCUUCCAACGAUGGAUUCCAAGAAACCAUCUGUUUGCGAAAUCAUUUUAAAUCAAGAACUUCCGAACCCGCAGCUUAUCAGACUUCAUACGACUCUCCUUAGAUGUUGCAGACUCUCCAAAUCUAUCGGAAUAACUUUCAGUCAAAAGAAGAUCUUUUCAGAAUCGGAAAACAGCGCGUUCUUCGGCCCAUUGUCAAGGCCAUGGAAUCAGCGCCCUAUAUCAUCCUCGAUAAAUGAAGCACGAGUCCAGUUCAUUUCUUUCUUAUUGGAAUCCCUGUGUGUCGCAGUGACAAAAUCAAAAUUGCAGACAGAAACGAUUCCAGUUAUUCAAGGCGAAAUAAGAAGGCUUGCGGCCGAUUGGGAGCUUGACUGUGAAGUUUUAGUCGACAUUCAAUUUAUUGUUUCUUCAUACUCUUAUGGCCUGGUUCCUCCGGAGAUAUCCGUCCAAGAUAUCGAUCUUCUCGAAGAUCAGUUGUGCUCUUUGCUUGCGUCUUCUACUAGAGCACUUAUUUCAGAAUUAGACGGCGAAGAAAAUGCGCAGUUUCUUUCAAAUAUGGCCCCAUUCAAUGUCAACUUUUGGCUUGAUGAUAAAGCUCCGCCGAAAAUUAUAUGCGGAUCUGAAGCUGUUCGAAAUCUGAAAUCACUUUGCGAAGGGAUCAUCAAGAUUGACGGAAACUUACAGAAUCCCCAAAAGAAAGAAAACACAAGAGCAAUUCUGCGAGCUCUGGAAGCUCUCUAA